UUUAUCAGAUGCAUGACGAUAAGAAAUGGGAACGAAUGUGACUGGUUUUUUUCUCCUGCUGUGUGACCUGAUGAAUUUACAUAUGAUAUGAACACCUGGGAGAUCUGAUGACUCUUCGCUUUUUAUAUAGUAGACUAAGACGCUGCGAUAGACAUCUGUUGAGAAAGCGGCUGACCACACCAAGUUAAUACUGUCUGACCUGCAUAUGCGUAUGGUCAGUGUAUUGGAAACAAUAGUCAUAGCACUGUGACCGUGAUUAAUCUUUAUUCCCGUGACCGUGCAAGUGAAUAGUAGAAUUCAACGCCGUGUAGUUAUUAGCAUCAUUGCCAGUAAUAGUAAACGCAUACUUAUGGAGGAAAUUGAUGUCUUGUGAGUCAACUGCUGAUAAAUGAGGCUGUGAAUAUCUUGUGCACUUCUGACUGCUCCUGUUCAUCAAAACACAAGACAAAACCAGAAUGCUGUAGGUUCAUCAAGCAUUUCGUGUCACCGUUGUGGACUUGUGAGGCACUGGCGUCACCAUGAGUACUUACAGCAGUUUUUGCAUUCUGCUACUUACAGCUGCUGUCACCUUGGAAUGUACACGAGGGACAGAAAACAACGAAGUUCAAGUAUCAACCGCCACAUCCAAGCCAUUAUUUUGCUUCUUCACCAACUGGGCCCAGUAUCGCCAAGGUAUGGGGAAGUUCUUUCCGGAACAGGUGGACCCCCACUUGUGCACGCACGGCGUUUACGCUUUCGCCAAGCUGAACGGAAACCAACUGGCCCCCUAUGAGUGGGACGAUGACUCCACGCCUUGGAAAAAAGGACUGUAUGAACGUUUCAAUGACCUUAAGAAGAUUAACCCUAAUUUUAAAACACUUCUUGCUGUGGGUGGCUGGAACAUGAAAUCUGAGCCAUUCAGUCAAAUGGCGGCAACUAAGGAAAGCAGGCGAGAGUUCGUCAUGACGUCAAUCCAGUUUUUGAGGAACAGAACUUUUGAUGGUCUUCUGCUAGAUUGGGAAUACCCAGGAAGCAGAGGAGGAAAGCCAUCGGAUAUAAAUACAUUUACUGAACUUCUGCAGGAAUUGCAAGCGGCUUAUACAGAAGAAGCAAAGAAUUCUAACAAAACAAAAUUAUUGCUAACUUCAGCAGUUGCCGCAGGUUUAAAGUACAUUAAAUACGCAUAUGAUGUUCCGAAGAUUUCAAAAACGUUAGACUAUGUCCUAGUCAUGUCAUACGACCUGAUGGGUCCAUGGGCCAAUGUGACCGGGCUGAACAGUCCACUGUAUCCAUUUAAAGGAGCCAAGGGGCCCGAUACCCAGCUUAACGUGGUAAGUUUAUAUUGCAUAGAGGUGGAAAAAACCUUCAUCAUUACCACGACUUAUUGGGAUUUAUCCUUUAACACCGCCUUGACUAAUGCCGAGAGGAGGGUUUCCCAAGAAUCUUCAAAUCUCAGGAUGCACAAGACAUGA